CAAGUAUUUGUUUAUUUUCUGAGGCUUCAAUGUAAACAUUGUUCAAAUAUAAAUUACCAUGGAUUUGGCUCCAAAAGACAUUCAGUGCUUUGAGAACAUUCCCAGCAAUAGCUACAGCUUUCACUGCCAUUUGAAAUCAUUCACUACUAUUGCUGCAAUGACUCCUUGCAAAGUACUAAGAAGAGCAACACUAAGCCUGCUACUGGCUGCAAUACUACAGGUAUUUGUACUAUGCAAUACGCAAUCGUCUGCUAGUGGAGUUGUCUUUCUUGACGACUGCUCAAUGUGUGCCGAAGACGAGAAAUGUUUGGAAAAAGACGAUGGAACGAAGUACUGCAAGCAAUGUGCACCAGAAGACUGUAGUAUCUUACCCACUGACCUAGUGUGUGCUUCUAAUGGCCAAACUUACGACAACCUAUGUGAAAUGAAAAAAGCAGCUUGUGAGCUGGACAGAGUACUACGAGUAGAGUUUCAGGGAACAGCAUGUCCUACACUGCCUCCCCCAGUGCAAGCAAUAUGCAAACUUCAACAAGACAACUUCGACCUUCACAAAAACAACUUAUAUCAAAAUUGUGACAUAGCUAACAUUUACGAAAAAUCUAAUAAUGGCAGUCUAACACUUGACGAUCUGAAUUUGGAGUUUUGCCACCGGCCUCACUGUGUAGAGAAUAAGUUCAUAAGACGCCAGUGCCACCGUUUUGCACAAGAGUGGUGUUGGUGUGUCGAUGAUAACGGAACACCAAGCAACUUUCAAAAGAACCUGGAAGUCGGAACCUGCACUCAAACAAGGAACUGCUACAGUAACGGACAAAAAUGGAAGCACGGAGCUAGCUACCCUAAUCCUAACAGUUGCGGACCAUGCCAAUGCUUGGACGGAGAGGAGAAGUGCUACCCAGAAUUGACAUUUGCUCUAAUAAAUGGAGUUCUCAAUGAUACUGAGCUCGAGAGACUGCAAGAUGAACUCUUGAGAAUCUUCUACAUCCAGUACAAUCAUAGACAAGAAGACUAUCAGCAGCUGAUGGAGUACCUAACAGACCACUCAACUUACAAUGUCAUUCGCCAUGACAAUGACAUUAAUGUGUCUUUGACUCUAAAGGAGAAUAUUUUGAACUACAAGUUCGAUAAGCACGACAAAAGCCAAGAUGACAAGCUACAAUCCGCAGAAUUUUUUUCACUUCGAAACGACCUCUCUGAAUUCUUACACUGUGAUGCCAUCCUCAAUUAUAUUCAAGACAAGAUCACCAGCACUAGUGUUUCUCAACCAUCCAAUCAACCAUUCUCAAUAUCAAGAAAAGAGUUUCAACAAUUUUUCGCAGCAGAGCUGUUUGAAGAUUCAAUCGCAUCAUCUGGCGUGAGUAAGCGAGAUACUGAGCAAGUUCGGGAGAGAUUAACGAUGAAACGGUUGAGUCAUCGCAAUAAGUUCUAUUACACUUUGUUUUGAGUCAUCAAUCAUCUUAACAGAAUAGCUAAUUAUGUAAAAUAUCAAUUUCACUUGUUACUUUAAGCGACUGUUGACAGUCAAACAUGUACAGAUUUAAUUUGUAUUAUCAAAGCACCUGUUUUAACAGGAUAAAUCAUUAUCAUUUUUCACGUAGACAAUGUCCAAAGCAUUCUAUAUUAUAUCAUCAUAUCAUAAUUAUAUUUUACAUCAUCAUGAAUUAUUUAUUAAA